AUUUUCACACAGCUCAGUUCAGUCAGUGGUGGAACAUUUCCAACAUGAAGGGUGUCAUAAAUUUAAGUAAAAUAAACAUAAAGUUACUACACAUUCAAUUGAGGACAACCUCAUCGCAUAGAAAUUUCACUCAUUUAUAUUCAAAAGGAGGAUUAUUAAAUCAUAACGCACUCAUAGUAAAUCAAAACAAGAGGUCCACUGCUACCACCAAGGAACCCCAUCGCGAAAAAUCUAAACCAGGUGGUGGUAUUUUAGCCCUAGCCCUCAAAAGGAUACCCAGCAGUGCACCAAAACCCCAACCAGCAAGGGGAUGCUUCCAUCCUGGGUCCUCUGUCCUCUCACGAGAAGACGUGCCUUUGAAAAGCAGGGCCCCACUGACUGGCACAGAGAUGAUACAAGCCAUGAUGCAGUAUAUAUGGCCGGAACAUGAUAAAUCCAUAAGGGAUAGGGUUAAACUGGCUCUGUCCCUGUUAGUUGCAGCAAAAGUGAUGAAUGUAUGUGUUCCCUUUGUGUUCAAGUACUCAGUGGAUUACCUGAAUGCUGGUGCAACUUUGAAUAUGGAUUCAGCCCCAGAAACUGUUGCUACAAUUGCUACCAGUCUACUACUUGGAUAUGGUAUUGCUAGGGCAAGUGCAGCAGGUUUCAAUGAAUUGAGAAAUGCAGUUUUUGCUAAAGUUGCCCAAAAUUCAAUCAGAAAAAUUGCCAAAAAUGUGUUCAUUCACUUACACAACCUAGAUUUAGGAUUUCAUUUACAAAGGCAAACAGGGGCUCUCUCCAAAACCAUUGACAGGGGAUCAAGAGGAAUAAAUUUUGUUCUGUCUGCCAUGGUUUUCAAUGUUGUUCCUACAAUUUUUGAGCUAGCUCUUGUAUCUUCCAUUCUGGGUAUAAAAUGUGGUGCAGCUUUUGCAGGAAUAUCUAUGGGUUGUGUUGGAGUAUACAGUAUUUACACAUUGAGUGUAACACAGUGGAGGACAAAAUUCAGGAUCUACAUGAACAAAGCUGAAAAUGAAGCUGGAAACAAAGCAAUAGAUUCACUUAUUAAUUAUGAAACAGUCAAGUAUUUCAAUAAUGAGAAAUUUGAAGCAGAUAGAUAUGAUAGUGCUUUGCAAAAAUAUGAAUCUGCUAGCUUGAAAACAAGCACCAGCUUGGCAAUGUUGAAUUUUGGACAAAAUGCCAUUUUUAGUGCAGCUCUGAGUGGAAUAAUGAUUCUGGCUGCUAAUGAAAUUGUGAAAGGCAAUAUGACAGUGGGUGACUUGGUUAUGGUCAACGGGUUACUGUUCCAGUUGUCAAUCCCGUUAGGAUUCCUGGGAAGCGUGUACAGAGAAGUCAGGCAAGCUUUGAUCGACAUGCAAACGAUGUUCACUCUCAUGACCAUGGACAGUGCUGUCAAAAGUAAACCACAGGCUCCUUACCUUCAUGUCGAUUCAAAAUCUUGCCCCAUUCGAUUCGAGAAUGUUUCCUUCUCCUACGGGCCCGGGAAAGAGAUCUUCAGGAAUUUGAAUUUGACCAUUGAACCCGGCAAAAAAGUGGCAUUAGUUGGUGGUUCAGGAUCAGGGAAGUCCACUUUGGUGAGACUGCUCUACAGAUUCUAUGAACCUAAUGAAGGACGCAUCUUGAUAGGGAAUCAAGACAUACGAGAAGUGGAUAUUGACAGCUUGCGACGUUCCAUAUCAAUUGUACCGCAAGACAGUGUUCUUUUUCAUGACACAAUUAGGCACAACCUGCACUACGGCGACCUGCGAGCCACUCAGGAGGAAAUAGUGCGCGCCGCCCGUUUGGCGGAAAUCCACGAUUCGAUCGUCGGCUGGCCCCGUGGGUACGAUACGCCCGUGGGCGAGCGGGGGCUGAAGUUGAGCGGCGGCGAGAAGCAGCGCGUGGCCAUCGCGAGGGCCAUCUUGAAGAACGCGCCCAUCUUGGUGUUCGACGAGGCGACCAGCUCGCUGGAUUCCAUCACGGAACAUAACAUCCUGAAAGCGUUGAAGAACGCCACCAGAGGACGCACUAGCAUCGUCAUCGCGCACCGUCUGAGCACCGUCAUGGAUGCCGACGAGAUUUUCGUGCUCGAAGAUGGGCAGGUAAAUGGGCGGGGCACCCACAGGACGCUGAUGCAGGAGCGAGGAGGGCUCUAUUGGAAGCUGUGGGACACGCAGAACCAGGCUAGUCAGGAGCAGCUGAGCGAGGACAAGGCGAGAGCGGGGUGAAAUCUCGAAUGGUGUAUAUUUUUUGUUAUGUCAUGUAAAUAUUAUUUGUUUUGUUGUCAGAUGUUUUUAUUUUUGCUCUUGUAAAUAUCUUGUACAAACUGACUCAGUGAGGGGAUGCAAUAAAUAUUUUAUUUUUAUGACGA